AUGAUUAUAUACAGUGAUGUUCUUCCGUCUGUACAACCAGGAUAUUUGCAUAAUUUAAUACCGAAUGAAGCUCCUGAAAAUCCAGAGAAUUGGAACAAUGUACUCGACGAUUUUAAUAAAUUUAUAAUGCCUGGAUUAACACACUGGCAAUCACCAUAUUUUCAUGCAUAUUUUCCAACAACAACAUCUUAUCCAUCAAUGGUAGCAGAAUUUAUAGCGGCCGGUAUAAGUGUUUUAAAUUUUAGUUGGGUUUGUAGUCCCGCUGCAACUGAAUUGGAAGCUAUUGUUUGUGAUUGGAUUGCAAAAUUUAUACAACUUCCAGAAAAAUUUCUUAAUUUACCUGUUGGAAAUGGUGGUGGCAGUUUACAUAAUUCGGCCAGUGAUGCCAUUCUAACAUGUGUAAUUGCUGCUCGUGAAAAAAAUUUUAAAGAAUUGCAAAAAAAAUUUCCGAAAAUCUCAAAACAUGAAAUUUUAUCAAAAUUUAUUGGAUAUGCAAGUGAUCAAAGUAAUAGUUCAAUUGAAAAAGCUGGACUCCUGUCUGCUAUUCCAAUACGUCUACUUCAAGCAAAUGAAAACUUUGAAAUUGAUGGUGAAAUAUUGAGAAAAGCUGUAAUUGAAGAUUUAAAUGCUGAUAAAAUUCCAAUUAUCUUUAUUGCAUCAUAUGGUACAACUGGAUUAUGCAGUUUCGAUAACAUUGAUGAAUUGGCAUCUGUAUGUAAAGAAUACAAUAUAUGGUUACACAUUGAUGCAGCAUACGCUGCUAUUGGUAACGCACUACCCGAAUUAGAUUUUCCAUACAAAAAUGGAUUUAAUUAUGCACAUUCUAUUAAUUUUAAUUUACCGAAAUCAAUGUUAAUAAAUUAUGAUUGUUGUGCUUUAUGGUUGGAAAAUGUUUUUGAUAUUUCAAAACAUUUUAAUGUCGAUAGAAUUUAUUUGAAACAUUAUCAUGAAAAUGAAUCCACAAUUGCACCAGAUUAUAGAAAUUGGCAAUUGGCAUUAGGCAAACGUUUUAAAGCAUUGAAAGUUUGGAUUGUUAUGAGAAUACUGGGUAUGGAAGAGAUUCGUAAUUAUGUACGAAAAACAUUCAAAUUAGCUGAAUAUUUUGAACAAUUCUUAUUAAGUGAUGAUCGUUUCGAAAUCAUAGGUAAACGAAGAGCUGGCUUAGUUUGUUUUCGUAUCAAAAAUAAUAACAAUUUGACAACGAAA